UUUCUCACUCCUUUUGUAGUAGCAGAGAGAGAGAGAGAGAGAGAUCAAUGGCGAUUUCUCCGGUCUAUCCUCAUCAUCAUCACAUUUCACUUGUAAUAACAAACAGAGAACCCCCAUCAGCGCAAUUUCUUCGAAAGAAACUCUCACAUACUUCUCGAUUCCAAUCGUCAAGCCGUGGUUUAUCAUCUCCUUCUUUAAAGCCAUUAGUACUGAAUUGCUCUUUCCAGAAAAAUUCUACUGCAGAUUCCGAAAGACUGUUUUCUAAUCUCAAUCAAGUCACACUCAAGAGAGAACCAGGGAGCCUUAUUAGUGCAAUACUUCUAGUUGCUGGCACUACGGUAGGUGCAGGUAUACUCGCUAUUCCUGCGGUGACACAAGAAGCUGGAUUUCUUGCGUCAGCAAUCACCUGUAUCUUCUGUUGGCUUUAUAUGGUUGUAUCUGGAUUGCUACUCGCAGAAGUCAACAUAAAUACUAUGUGUGAACUUGGUUCUGGUGGUGUCUCUCUGGUGUCAAUGGCCAAGAGAACUCUCGGAAGCGUAGGUGUUCAAGUUGCUUGCUGGUCAUAUAUUUCUAUACACUAUGCUCUUCUAGUGGCGUACACGGCUCGCUCUUCAGAUAUUUUGACCAAUUUUCUCGGCAUUCCCUUAUGGGAGGGCGCAACCCUAUUUUCAUUGGUUUUGGGAAGCAUUUGCUACUUUGGAAGCCAGCGGUUUAUAGGUGCAGUUAACGGGGUUCUAGUAGGAAGUAUCGUCGUUUCUUUUGCAGCCCUUGUGGGAGUGGCCAGCGGUGACCUGCACUGGGAAGCCCUUCUGCGUGCCAAUUUUGAAGCUGUUCCGCUAAGUAUACCAAUAAUAGCCCUUUCGUUUGUUUACCAGAAUGUGGUACCCGUUCUUUGUACAGAUCUGGAGGGGAACCUAUCAAAAGUAAGAACUGCGAUUGUCCUAGGUACAGCUAUUCCUCUUGGUCUGUUUCUCGUCUGGGAUGGCGUGAUUCUCGGAACCAUUCCAAGUCCUGAAGUAGGAAUGGACAAGAUCAGUGAUCCAAUACAGCUACUAAGAUCUAGCAAUGGUGUUGUUGGGCCAAUAAUUGAAGUGUUCUCAUUUCUUGCGAUUGCUACAUCGUACAUUGGAUUUGUAUUGGGCCUUACUGAUUUCUUAUCAGACUUGCUGAAACUCCCUUCUGGUCAGAGGAAGCCGUUACCUUACCUGUUGACACUAUUUCCGCCAUUGGUGUUAUCGUUGCUCGACCCAGAGAUAUUUUUCAAAGCGUUGGAUUUUGCAGGGACAUAUGGAGUUUUAGUGUUGUUUGGAAUUCUUCCUGCUGCAAUGUCCUGGUCAGAGAGGCAGUCAAAUUCAGCUCAGGCACAAAUCACACCUCGACUUGUACCAGGAGGCAAAAUCACCCUGGCAUUUAUGAUCGGAGGAGCAGGCUAUGUAAUUUCUUCAGAGAUACUAGAAAACUUGGGGUUUCUACUUCACCCAUGAAUAGCAACAGUUUUGAGCAGGGUUAACAAUAGCCUUGGAGUAUACGACCUAAAAAAGUUACUGUAUCACAUUGAAGUUAUUGUGUAGUAUUUGUGGUGAUUACGUAUAAAAUGUAAUAUGAGAGACAAUUUUGUCUGCUAUGUUGUAUAGAAUGUAACCAGUCAUGCGUGUUACUGAAAGAUGCAAUCAAGAUUGUUUAAACUGCUGUCUCGGGUUAAUAUAAGAAUUGAAUUUGUCAGGAA